CUUGACAAAACCAAGGCCCUAAAACAUACCGGUAAACGGACAAAACCGAUAAACCUGUGUAGUGUAAGCUUGGUGACGACCUUGUUUAGAUAAUUUAAAUACUGGAUGAAUUUUAGGGCAGGGUUUACAUUUGAUAUCUGCUCAUUAGACAUUAUAAUCGCAGUAGCGGACUAUGGCAGGCAUGGAGCUGGAGGUAGCGCCGUUACGGAGCUUCGAUGACUUCCUGGCACACUCGGCUCGCUUCCAAAUUCCCAACUACCGGGAACCGGAGAAAUGGACGAACCGUGUUCUGCAGAACCUGCUCUACUACCAGACCAACUACUUUGUCUCAGCGGUGAUCAUCUUCACCCUCGUGGGGGUGAUGCACCCGCAGCAGUUUCUGUGCGGGAUGGCGGCGCUGGCCGUGCUGUUUGCCGUCUUCUACUAUGUCACCAACCGGAAGGCGAUGGCGUCCCGCUUCCGGCGCGACCACCCGCUGCUCAGCCUGACCAUCAUCCUCACCGGCGGCUACUUCAUCAUGGCCAUGCUCGGAUCCGUGCUGGUCUUCCUGCUCGGCAUCUGCCUGCCGCUCUUCGCGGUGCUGCUACACGCCUCGCUGCGACUCCGCAGCAUCAGGAACAAGCUCACCAACCGCAUGGAGUCGGUCGGCAUGCGCCGCUCGCCGAUGGGACUCUUUCUUGACGAGCUGGGGAUGGAAAGCGACAAAGUUGUCAUGUGAGCAGGCUCAGCGUCACCUGAGAGAUGGCUUGAGGUCAUGUGUGGGGUCUUGCGUCGCUUCUUGCCAGUUCGUGCUAUAGCAAUUGAGACGCUUUAUUGCUGAAUGCGAACGCUGAAAUCUGAUUUGCUGCCACUUGGGGGAGGGGGGGUUGUAUGUGUGCCAUAAUUUACCGGUUUAAGGUUAUGCUAUCGGGCUUAUAUAGCAGAGUUGAAGGACAGAGGCAUACGUUUUGGUCAUAUUUGUUUUAUUGCGUAUGAAGCUGAGUGUUUAUUCCUUUUACUGUUGAUUCCAAAGUCAUUCCAGAAAUGGCCAUGAUAUUUUCUAGUGUGCUGUGACAUAUCUUAUUUAUAUUCGUAUGUGCAUUGUGCGUAUCGGUGAUGCCAAAAGAAUGUUAUUUACGGUUGGCUGGCCAGUGCUCCUGUGAGCUCGCCAUUGGUUCGACGGCCAGUGUUUGCGUGUGUUCGUUAUGAUCAGACGUUGGGACUGGUGGGCAGCUGUUACCUAGUGAUGAGAUGUCCAGGCGCUUGCGCUGGUCAUCGGGAAUAGGAAUAUUCUGAUGUAGCCUGGUCUACCGGAGAGGAGCAUGUCUGUGUAGAAGGAAGCAAUACCAACUGAUUUGUAAAGGCAGCGUUAUGUUAUGGACCUGUGCCGUGUCAUCGUAUUUUGUCUAUUGAGUGCGACGUUUUGAACGAGGGAUAGUGAACUCUCCGAAUUCUUAUGAACGGUGGCUUAUUCCAUUUUUGCUUACGGUAGUAAUACAAAACUCGUGAUGAA